UUAUUUAUUAUGGUUUGUUUUUUAUGCUGAAUUCUCACGAGAAUACGACCACUAGCCCACGUUUUAUAAUUUUUUGACUUUUACACAAAAUACUUUUGACCACGUUUUUCUGUUUUUAUUUCGUACAAAUAAACACAAUGGUACAAAAAUGUUGCAUUUGCAAAUCUCAAAGAUCCAAUGAGAACGAUAUUACAUUGCACAAAUUUCCAAAAGACACUAUAAUUUGUGACAAAUGGGUUGUGAACCUUAAUAUGAACUAUACCUUCACACCAACUGUACAUACAAGAAUUUGUAGUAAUCAUUUUGAUGAUAAUGAUUUCAUUAAGACUGACCAACUAAGGCGUCUGAAACCAGAUGCUAUACCAACAAAAAUGAUGGGCGUCCGUCGUUCGUUAUUUUCAGUAAACGUAAGUACUUUCGUUAUAUUGGAGAUUUCUCGGAAGAAGACUUGGAAACCCCAAGAAGAAGAAAACUUUUUUGGAGCACACAUAUCAAAAUGUUAGAUGAGAAAAAUCAGAAAAUAAAACUUCUUGAACAAAAAAAUCGAAGAUUGGAGUCAAAAAUCAGUAGUUUGAAUACAUUAGUUGAUAAACUGAAAAAAGAUUGUCAAUUAAAUGCUAGUUAUACUCAUA